AUAAAGGUGGGUGUAUAUAAGGAAGGGCUUGCAUGUGAAGAUGUCACAAGAAGUGGAAUAGAAUGGGCGAAGUGGUUAGAGAUCAAGAGAGCGGAGGGAAAAUGAUGAAGGGAGAGAUGGAGAGAAUAGGGUGGCUGAGUAAAGCGAAGCCAUAUCUGCUCAUGGUUGGCCUCCAAUUUGGGAUGGCAGGCAAUUACAUAUUCGGCAAGGACGUCCUCGACCGUGGCAUGAAUCGUUUUGUCUUCAUUGUCUACCGUAAUUCCAUGGCUUCCUUCUUCCUCGCUCCUUUCGCUUUCUUCCUCGAAAGGAGGAGUAGGCCAAAGAUGACAGUCUCAGUUUUCCUACAGAUAAUGGCACUGGGAUUUCUUGAGCCGGUAUUCAAUCAAAGCUUCACUUACUUGGGGAUGAAAUACACUUCGGCUUCAUUCGCUUCUGCCAUAGUGAACGCCGUCCCCUCCUUCACGUUUCUGUUGGCAGUCAUUUUCCGGAUUGAGAGGAUAAAAGCGAAGGAGAUAAGGAGUGCAGCGAAAGUGAUAGGGACGAUGGUAACGCUUGGAGGGGCGCUGGUGAUGGCAACUUAUAAAGGUCCAGGAUUCAGUUUAUUCAACUCAGCCGCCAGAUCACAGCGUGAAGGUGGCGGCGGCGCUAACCCUACCCACAAUAACAGCCAGACCAGUGGGGCUCUGUUCAUAUUGAUGGGGUGCGGGGCAUUGUCGGGUUUCUACAUAUUGCAGUCGGUGACGGUGAAGAGAUAUCCGGCGGAACUGUCACUGGCCACACUCAUAUGCAUGGCGGGUACUUUGCAGACCACCGCGGUGGCGCUUGUGGCGGAGCCUCACUCUCACUCCUGGGCCAUCGGUUUGGACUACCGUCUCUACGCCCCUCUCUACACGGGGAUAGUGAGCUCGGGAAUAGCAUAUUAUGUGCAAGGGGUGGUCAUGAAACUGAGAGGCCCCGUGUUCGCCACCGCCUUCAAUCCGCUCUGCAUGAUCAUCGUUGCCGUGCUCGGCUCCCUCCUCCUCCGCGAGCAACUCCAUCUUGGAAGUAUCAUAGGAGCCAUCAUCAUCGCUCUGGGCCUUUACUCUGUCGUCUGGGGUAAAGCCAAGGACCAUUCCCAAUCACAUCCCGAAUCAUCAUCCCCCCAGAAACCACCUAAUUCUGCUGCAACUCUCCACGAUCCUGAUGAUCUCAAGCCAGACAUUAUUACUGCUCACAACAUGGAUCAACUCCAGCUUGAUCUGCAGUUAUCCAAAAUGGAAGCUCAACAAACAAACGCCAAGCUCUAAUCAGUAAUGCAUGCCGCCUUCUUUUCCCGCCAUAGAGCAGGCCAUGCUUCGGCUUCUGCUUCUGCUUCGUGUCAACAGAUGCACAUAGCGGCGCGUCUCUUUGGCUUUAUGUUAAAGAUUUUGGUUUAGGUUGGUUCAUGUACUUAUUGAGAUUUGGGAGUGCAGCAUUUUCGCUUUUGUGAGAUAGCAGAUUUCUAGGCGUUGGAAUUAGGGAUUCACCUGUCCUCUUGGAGAUUAGCUUUACUAGGUGCUCUUUGUCUAUAGCUCGCUUGACUAUGUCUCAUACAUGUCAUCUAUAUCUAUCAGUAGAUGUUUCUUCUUUCCCAUUAAA